AUGGAUAAGGUGGUGUGUGUCACCGGCGGCAGCGGCGCCAUUGGUUCAUGGCUCGUCCACCUCCUUCUGGAUCGCGGCUACACCGUUCACGCCACCGUGCAAAAUCUCAACGAUGAGGCCGAAACGAAGCAUCUAGAAGCCCUGGAUGGAGCUUCGGCGCGCCUCCGCCUCUUCCAGAUGGAUCUCCUCCACUACGACUCCAUCAUCGCCGCCGUGCGCGGCUGCGUUGGCGUCUUCCACCUCGCCUCUCCCUGCACUGUCGACCAAGUCCACGACCCCCAGAAGGAACUUCUGGACCCGGCUAUCAAAGGCACCGUGAACGUGCUCACAGCCGCGAAAGAAGCAGAGGUGCGGCGCGUGGUGGUCACGUCCUCCAUCUCCGCCAUUACUCCGAGCCCCAAUUGGCCCGGCGAUGUUCCCAAGAGGGAGGACUGCUGGACCGACGUUGAAUUUUGCAAGCAAAAGGGGUUGUGGUAUCCGUUGUCGAAGACUUUGGCCGAGAAAGCGGUUUGGGAUUUUGCGAAAGAGACUGGGUUGGAUGUUGUUGUGGUGAAUCCUGGCACUGUGAUGGGUCCUGUUAUUACACCGAGGCUUAAUGCAAGCAUGGUCAUGCUUGUGCGCCUUCUUCAAGGCUGUGAUGAUACAUAUGAGAACUUCUUUAUGGGAUCGGUUCACUUUAAGGAUGUAGCAUUGGCACAUAUUUUGGUGUAUGAGAACAAAUCUGCCGCUGGUAGGCAUGUGUGUGUUGAAGCUAUCUCUCACUAUGGUGAUUUUGUGGCCAAAGUUGCUGAACUUUAUCCAGAGUACAAUGUGCCCAAGAUGGAACUAGAUACCCAACCGGGAUUACUGAGAGUGAAGGAUGGAUCUAAGAAACUUAUGGAUUUGGGUUUGCAAUUCAUUCCAAUUGAGAAGAUUAUAAAGGACGCCGUAGAGGAUUUGAAGAGCAAAGGGUUCCUUUCAUAA